UUGCCCAAGAGCAGCGACUAGCGAGGCAGCAGCCUACUCCACACUUGGUGCUCUUCCAUCCUCUCAGUCGCCCCCACGAGGUAGAGUAAUAUUAAUGAAACCCUCCCACUAGUACCAGCUACUGAUCCUUCCAUUCCUUUGGUUCUUGUGCCGUUCUGUGUGCGUUGGUGUCGAGAUCGUCGGUGGGGAUCGAUGGAGCGGUACGGGCUGCUGGGCACGCGUGAGGAGGAGCUGCCGCCGGGGUUCCGUUUCCACCCGACGGACGAGGAGCUCAUCAGCUACUACCUCGCGCGCAAGGUGGCGGACGUGAACUUCUCGGGCGCCCGCGCCAUCGCGGAGAUCGACCUCAACAAGUGCGAGCCGUGGGAGCUCCCGGACAAGGCCAAGAUGGGGGAGAAGGAGUGGUACUUCUACAGCCUCCGCGACCGCAAGUACCCGACGGGGCUGCGCACCAACCGCGCCACGGGGGCCGGAUACUGGAAGGCCACGGGGAAAGACCGCGAGAUCCGCAGCGCGCGCACCGGCGCACUCGUCGGCAUGAAGAAGACCUUGGUGUUUUACCGUGGACGCGCCCCCAAGGGGGCCAAGACCCAGUGGGUCAUGCACGAGUUCAGGCUCGACGGCAACUGCGCCUACCACUUCUUCUCCAACAACAACGCCACAAGGGACGAGUGGGUGAUAGCCAAGAUCUUCGUGAAGCCCGGCGCGCUCCCCGCCGCCCGCAACAAGCUCGCCCGCUUCGGCCUGCAGGGCAGCACCGGCGGCGCCGACACGUCCUGCUUCUCCGACUCCACCACCUCCGUCUCCAUCGGCUGCGGCGGCGGGGGCGGGGAUACCACCACCAACACCAGCUCGUUAUUCGCGGCCGCGGCCGACGGCGAGAGCAGCUCCUGCGGCGGCGGCAACAACAACAACUGCGGCCGUGAGCUCGUGCCCUGCUUCUCCACUGGCGCCCACAUGGACGCCACCCUCCUCGGCAUCGGCCAGUACGACCCGGCCCCGCUGGCCAUGGAGCAGCCGCCGGCCUUGUACCAGCUGAGCGCGGCCCGCUCUGUGCAGGACAACCUCCUGUUCCUCUCCGGCGGCGGCCUGCAGUCCGGCCUAGUGUCCCCGCUUGGCGUCGGCGGAGGGGCUUUUCAGUACUGGCCGACGUCGUCCGGCUACGACAUGAAGCCCCCGCAGAUGGCCGUCGGCCCCGGCCAGCUUGACGGCUCCUUCGGCUGGGGCUUCUAGGCUCAUUGCCUGGUUCUGUGCUAAGUAUGUCUCCAUCUGCUAUCUUAUCAGUAUAUGCAUGUGUUAGCCAAGUACGUAGGUGGUGUUAUCAUGCCGUAGUUUAAGUUUGGGUAAUGCUCUCUCUGUGGUCGAUCGAUCGUGGCUGCCGGAUCGAUGAUCACGACUUCGUAAUAUGGAUCACCAGCUCGCUAUUUAAGUCGUUGCCUAGUUAAUUUAUGUAUUAUUAGUCCGUGCAUGUGGUAUGUACUAGUAUCAGACUACUAUCAGUACCGAUCGACGUGCACCGCGCGCCGGUUUGUUACAGGACGUGUAGUACUCCAGUAUUAGACAAUAUUAAUUAAUGUAGCUCAAAUGAGUGUUACGUGUUUAAGUGUUUGCGUCUGUGUUUUCUUAAAAAAAAAAUGUCACAUGUGUA